UUGAUGGAAGAAAGACGGGACAACUUCUUGUCAGCAAACAACACUUACAGUUUACAAUUCUUGGAACGCAAAAGACCCGUGUGAAAAUCCCCGAGGAAGGAUACAACGUCGUACAGAACUUAAUUAAGUUUAUAUCGCCGCCGCCACGCUUUUUAUGUCUAAAGUGCAUGGUUCUAGUGGGGUAUAAGUGGUUCACUACAAAAUGGAAAGUGUUUGAAAUGACAGUCGGUACAGUGAGGAUAAAGCAUAAUAACAUUGUCUUAAUUUACGUUCCAACAAGAUGAUUUACUUGCACAGCGGACUUGCACAAACUUUCUCUCCAAUUUACUUUUUGGUUGCAGCGGGGAUCUUGGCGAUGUUUGACAACAGUAAAACAUUUGGAUUUGAACAAGAGACGGAGAGCUUUCUACAGGGGCUUCCGCAGUACGAGGUCGUUCACCCCUACCGAGUGGACGCCAAAGGUCACUUCCUGUCCAACUUUGUGUCCCACCGCGUCAGCCGAGUACAGCGACGGGAAACCCAGGGGGAACCAGGAAACCCUACACGGGUGUUCUACCAGUUGCAGCACGGUGGCCACAAUCUGCACUUCAACCUCACCCUCAACCCACACCUGCUGGCUCCUGGCUUCCUGACUGAGAGGAGGUACGGUGGCCUGGAGGGGGCCAAAAUACACAGCCAAGGCCCCUCGCUGUGCCACUUUAUCGGGGACGUGUGGGACCUGGCGACUAUGAAGGGGAGGGCGGCUAUAAGCACUUGUGACGGCCUGACAGGGCUGUUCAAGCUGUCCCAGGAGGAGUUCUUUAUCCGGCCAUUGGAGCGGUCUAGUGAUGAGUCGACGGCACCACAAGUCCACAUUAUCUACAAGCGCCACACCUCCCCCACCCAAAGCCAGUUGGUACAGCCCAUCUCUGGAGACCAUACCACCAACGGUACCUGUGGGGUCAAAGAUCCCGCUGCGGCGUUGGAGCGUGUGGAGAGGCAACGGGAGCGCUGGGAGAGACGCCAGCGGAGGAAGAGGAGGAUACGCCAGCGUUCCAUCAGCAGGGAGAAGUGGGUGGAAACGCUGGUGGUGGCCGAUUCCAAGAUGGUGGAGUACCACGGCACCAAGGGCGUGGAGAGCUACGUACUGGCUGUCAUGAACAUCGUGUCAGGGUUGUUUCUCGAUGCCAGCAUUGGAAACCCCAUCAACAUCGUAGUGGUUCGUCUGAUCCUGCUGGAGAAGGAAGAGGAAGACCUGAAGAUCACCCACCACGCUGACAACAGCCUGAGCAGCUUCUGUAAGUGGCAGAAACGGCUCAACGUGAAGGGAGAAGAAGACGCGGUCCAUCACGACGUGGCCGUCCUUCUCACCAGAAAGGACAUCUGUACGGCCAUCAAUAAGCCAUGUGAGACCCUGGGCCUGUCUCAUGUGGCAGGCAUGUGUCAGCCCCACCGCAGCUGCAGCAUCAGUGAGGACACGGGCCUGCCGCUGGCCUUCACCAUCGCCCACGAGCUCGGGCACAACUUUGGGAUUCAGCAUGAUGGGAACGGCAAUGACUGUGAGCCGAUUGGGAAAAGACCUUUCAUCAUGUCUCCACAGCUCCUGUAUGGCACCUCCACCCCCAGCUGGUCGCGCUGCAGCCGCCAGUAUAUCACCCGCUUCCUCGAUCGAGGCUGGGGCUGGUGCCUGGAUGACCCCCCCGUGCGGGACGUGCUGGAUCUGAACUCUGUUCCCCCCGGGGUCCUGUACAGUGCUGCCCACCAGUGCCGCCUACAGUACGGCUCUGGAUCCCUGCUCUGUGACGACGUGGACAACGUCUGCAGUACGUUGUGGUGCACUGUGGGGACAACUUGUCACUCAAAGCUGGAUGGUGCGGUCGACGGGACCAGGUGUGGUGAGGACAAGUGGUGCUUUGACGGGGAGUGUGUGGCGGUGGGACACCAGCCUGAGAGCAUCAAAGGAGGCUGGGCUCCAUGGAGCGAGUGGUCUGCCUGUUCCAGAACCUGUGGGGCCGGAGUUCAGAACGCCCAGAGGGACUGCGUCAACCCAGUUCCCAAGUACGGAGGGAAGUACUGCGUGGGGGAGCGAAGGCGCUACAAGAUCUGUAACAGCACCCCUUGCCCCCCCAACCAGCCCUCCUUCAGACUCAUCCAGUGCAGUCACUUUAACACCAUGCUUUACAAGGGCAAUUUCUACAAAUGGGUGCAGGUCAACAACAGAGUGAACCCCUGCGAGCUGCACUGCCGCCCUCUGAACGAGUACUUCUCAGAGAAGAUGCUGGACGCCGUCAUUGACGGGACCCAGUGCUACGAGGGCAGCUUGAGCCGAGACAUGUGUGUUAACGGCAUCUGCAAGAAUGUGGGGUGUGACUAUGAGAUUGACUCCAACGCGGUGGAGGAUCGCUGUGGGGUUUGCCAUGGCAACGGGUCUACUUGUGAGACUGUGAAGAAGACCUUUGAGGAGAGCGAAGGGCUUGGGUAUGUGGACAUUGGGCUGAUUCCAGAGGGGGCUCGGGACAUUCGUAUCGAGGAGGUGGCUGAGGCUGGGAAUUUCUUGGCUCUCCGGAGUGACGACCCCGGAAAGUACUUCCUGAACGGCGGUUGGACUAUCCAAUGGAAUGGGGAAUACAAAGCAGCGGGGACAGUGUUCACCUAUGAGAGGACAGGCCAACUGGAGAACUUGACCUCCCCUGGACCAACCCUAGAGCCAGUGUGGAUACAGUUACUCUUCCAGGAGACCAACCCAGGGGUGCGCUAUGAGUACACCAUCCAUAGAGAGACUCCUCUGGACUCAGACAAUGACAUCCCUAUCCCCGGUUUCUUCUGGAAGUAUGGCUCAUGGACUGAGUGCAGUGCCACCUGCGGGACAGGUGUUCAGCGACAGAUUGUUCACUGUGUGGAGAGGACCUCUGGGAUAGUAGAAGAGGGCUACUGUGACUCAACGACCCGUCCUGACGAUAAACGAGCCAGCUGCAAUGAGGAGCUUUGCCCGGCCAUAUGGUGGGUGGGCGAGUGGCAGAAGUGCUCGGCCACGUGCGGUGAGAAGGGCUUGGCCAAGAGGACGGUGCUGUGCAUCCAGGCCGUGGGUCUGGAGGAGAACAGAGCCCUGCAGCCCUCUGAAUGUCACCACAUGCCCAGGCCUGAGUCAGCGGCGCCUUGUAACGCUCAUGUCCCCUGCCCCGCGGACUGGUCCACAGGCAACUGGUCAGAGUGCUCGCUGACGUGUGGCGGUGGUGUGCGGAGCCGAAAGGUUGUCUGUUCCAGAAACACAGGGGUGGACUGUGACCCCCGAAAGAAUCCCAGUUCCCUUACUCCAUGCUACCUCCAGGACUGUCCUCAGAUCAUCGACGUCUUCGGUGGCAGCAACGACUGGUCUGGCAGUGGCUCGUCAAGCAAGGAAAUCAAUGAAAUCAACUCCAUCCCUGACUCCAACCACCUGCCCAAACACAGUACGACUAGAGCUCAGCCAAGGGCCCCUAACAAUCUGAAUAACAUCAUCCCCCACCCGAAUCACAUUGACAAGACUACUGACAACUCAGCCAAAAACAAUGUACCGGUGGACGAUUUUUACUACGACUACAACUUCAUCAAAUUCCACGAGGACAUUUCCUAUGACUUUGGCUUGGGGAACAACGGUAAAGACUUGGUGGAUGAUCUUGGACUAGAUCCACAACAGGAGCCUAAACCAAGCUCUAGUGCAGAAGAACAUGUUUACAGAGAAACUACAACAGAUCCUCCCACAGCUACCUCACCCAUUUCUACCACUUUUAAGACGACUCCUUUCAUUAGAGAAGUUGAGGAACCACAAGACCCUAACCUGGACAAUGCAGAGGUUGAUGGAAGACCACAGAUGGAGAAACCCAAUGAAGUAGAACGAGAGGAGGAGGAUGUACUCCUUUCAGAGGACUAUUUUCUACCUGUUUCCACCACACCCUCAGCACCAGUUUUAGGGACCAGGUUUUCACAAAGCUGGAAAGGAACAAACGGUAAUUUUGGUUGGCCUCAUUACCUCAGCUCAGCAGCCAGCCUGGUGUCCACUAGCAUGGGGACCACUGAGAACACACAUGGGCCCCAGAGUGAAGAAAAUGAUGAUGAAAACACUGACAUUUAUGUCCAUUUUGAUGUGGAAGACGGCAAUGUUGGUACAACCAUCGAAUGUACCACCACUGCCCCUGUCAGCCAUGACUAUGAAGAUGGCACCGUACCCACAACAAUGGUAGAAGAGGUGAAAGAAGUGGGUGUUUUGGACUACAAUUCCCACCAGGAGACUGUAAUUGGACUACAAUCCCCUGGCUACCAAGAUGAAACGGAGAGCCCGGUCCCACCCCUGGAUCCACCUUCCCCAGGUCCUGUGUUUAAGUUUGAAACAUACGAGGACAGCUUUUUCACCACAACCCUGUCCCAAUGGGAGGCAACCACCUCUCUUCCAUACGCGCCACCAGCCCCAGACUCCACUGAGGAUUACAAUGGCGUUUUCCCUGGUGAACCAGACUUUGAUCAGCAGGACUUUGAAAUUGAGGCCAAUGCUGAUAGCGAAGUCAAUUUAGGGGUCACCGACAGUGACUUCACCGUGACCUCACGUCCUGUGUCUCAGGAGUCACAUUUUCCACCCUCUCCUCCCCCACCUCUUUCCCAUUCACUCUCAGGAAACCAGGAGAACAUCAAACACAGCACAUCAACAACUGGAAGUGACUCCUCUCCUCCUACUUAUCUGGAAGGAGACCCUCAGUCUCCACCUGGAAGUGACUCCCCUCCUUCCACUCAUCUGGAAGGAGACCCUCAGUCUCUACCUCCGUCAAUGUUAGCAGAGACAGAGCCAGCCACAGCCCAGUUAGAGACAGACAUUUCAGCACAGUUCUCCACGACUGGGCCAACUCCAUCUAAAGGGGCCAAUGGGGGCCCUCCAGUCCCCUCCCCAUACGGGUGGUCAGAGAUUGACUACAAUGAGAUCCUCAUCCCCCCCAUGCUGAGAUCCAGGGGCUUGGACCCUCCCCUCACAUACCAGCCCCCAGUGGAUGUCACCACAACCACUCCCCAGGAUGGCACGAAACCCAUGCCCCUCACCCAGUCUGAGCCAGCCGUGCCCCCCACCCAUUCCCCUGAGCCAGCCAUGCCCCCCACCCAGUCCCCUGAGCCAGCCGUGCCCCCCACCCAGUCCCCUGAGCCAGCCGUGCCCCCCACCCAUUCCCCUGAGCCAGCUGUGCCCCCCACCCAGUCCCCUGAGCCAGCUGUGCCCCCCACCCAGUCCUCUGAGCCAGCCAUGCCCACUCUGCCAACCCAUUCUCCCACUACACUCUGGUGGACACCAGAGCCAACCCCAGUGCCAAGCCAAGCUUCAACUCCAAUCGCCACAGCUUCCUUCUGGAGAGCCGGCAACUGGAGCGCAUGUUCUACUAGCUGUGGUCUGGGGGCCAUCUGGAGGCUGGUGGUCUGCAGCACGGGACUGGAGUCUGACUGUGACCUGACCAAGAGGCCUGUGCCGGCCCGGCGCUGCUACCUCCGACCCUGCUCCUCCUGGAGGAUAGGGAACUGGACCAAGUGUUCCAAGAACUGUGGUGGUGGGGUGACCCUGCGUGAGAUCCACUGCUUUGACACCAGGGACCAGAGGCCUUUGCGGCCCUUCCACUGUCAGACCGUGUCUACCCGGCCGGUGGCCCGCAUGCCCUGCCUACCCCAGCCCUGCCUGGACUGGUACUCUUCUUCCUGGGGACAGUGCUCUGAGGUGUGUGGGGGAGGGGAGCAGCAGCGUCUGGUUACCUGUCCAGAAGAGGAUCGCUGUGAUGAGGACCAUCUGCCCAGCAACAUCCAGGCCUGUAACAGCCAACCCUGUACCCAAUGGGUCACUGGCUCCUGGGGACAGUUGGAAUCUCACUAUGACACAGACUGUCCGAAGGCUCCGAUCGCCUGCACCUUCAGCACUUUUGGAUGUGGAGAGAUGAUGCAGCGUAAUGACCUGGCGCAGCACAUGCAGGAGUUCACUCAGAUGCACAUGCGCUGCAUGGCUGAGUACCUGCACAGGCACAGCCUUACCGGGUACACCCAGCCACCUUCUUCUGAGGACCGAGGGGCUGCCGCUGCAGAGCUGGGGGCACACGCAGGAGCUAGCAGCAGUGGCGCCCCCUGCCAGUGCUGCGGGGAACUGCAGACCAUGCGGGAGACCACCCAGCAGCUGGAGGGCCGUCUAGUGCGGCAGGACCACCAGCUACGUGAGCUGAGCGUUCAGGCUGGCCUGGUGGCUGAGCUCCGUCGUAAGGUCACCUCGCUGGAGGAAAACCUAAAGGAGCUGGAGGCCAAGCAGUGCCAGGGCGUGUACGUGUGGCCCUUGGAGGGCUUCUCGGGCUACCUACGUACCCAGGCUGCCGGACAGCCCGUUGUGGUACACAGCCCGGGCUUCUACACGGGCCGGCCGGGCUACAAGCUGUGUCUGCGCCUCCACAUCCAAACGCCCUCGGCCCAGCGAUGCUCCAACUACAUCUCACUGUUUGUUCACACCAUGCAGGGGGAAUUUGAUGGGCAGCUGUCGUGGCCCUUCCAAGGCACCAUCCGUCUGGCCGUGCUGGACCAAGGGCCUGAUGGCCAGCACCAUGUGGAGGUGAUGGAGACCAAACCUGACCUGCAGGCCUUCCAGAGGCCCACCAUACAGAGGAACCCCAAGGGCUUUGGCUACGUCACCUUCCUGCACCUGAUGGAGCUGCAGCAGCGGGGGUUUGUGCACGACGACACGCUGCUGGUGCGCUGCGAGGUGACGCCGCGCUUCGACACCGCCCUGAGGCGCGAGGGGGCGGCCAUGCAGCCCAGAGGGCCCGAGGCCUCGCUGUGAGGACCCUUUUAACGUUCCAGCGACGAGGUCAAUCGCCACCAACGUUAUCAGUACAAAGUAUCAGUUUGCCAUUUUCCUGACUUCUUGUAUCGCACAGGAUCAUUGCAUUGGGUUCAGUCAUGACCAACCUCAUGGGAAAGUGUACUGCUCAGUUGUGGGUUUUAUCUCCAACUCCAAAAGGCUUUUCUUUGCUGUAGCUUUUGAGAGUGAUGGACUGGAUGUUGGUGGCGAUUAACACCAAGGUUUCCUGCAACAAGUCGAGAGCUUGGGGCUAUAUGGUUUUAUCUGCAGUUUUGUCCAAAUUUAGUUAUUGACAUUAGCCUUAUUCUGUUCAAUGUUCUCUACCUAUAUAUUACUCUAAAUACCCCAAUUCAUGUUAAGUUCAAAAGAAUACAAGAUAAAAAAUAGUUGACACCAUUCAAACCAAUGAGGGUUAAGAACUUUAAAGCCGAUUUCACAAUCAUCUAUUUUGCAGACAGAACGUUCUAGUCCCAAGCUCUGUGUUCCAUCACUUAUCCAGCAAUGUGUCGCAGGCUACUGGACUGUUCCAAAUAGAUCGGAUUACAAAAGGUCUUAUGAUGCCUACAUUAGGUUGUAAUAAACAUGACUUUGGUUUCAGUGCAUCGUUCUUUGUAACAGCUUUGUAGUGGAGACUGGAAAAGUCUUGUUAAUUAUCAUAACAUGGUAUUACAGUUUAUAUUUAUGUCAAGCUCAAAGUCAUGUUUAUGACAACUUUAUGUUGGCAUUAAAGAAGCCAAUUCAAAUAAGAUGUUACCAGAAGUGUAUUUCUGUUGGAGAUUAGAAAGGGGACAGAGAGAUGUAUGACAGAGAGAUAAUCAAUCAAAUGAAUCCCUGUAGCACUUUUUACAUAACACCGCGGCAGGACCAUCUGUAAGCAGGAGAUGACCAGAGGCAGAACUACCUAGCAACUUAUUGUACAUCCUGGAUGACGAGCGAGUCAGGAUCACUGGCAUUUCACUGGUCUUCUGGUUGGAGGAUCAUACAAGGAAGAUGGGGGCAACAUCCUAACCUGGGUCUUAAUGCACAGCUCUUCUGUCUGGGAAAAUGUGGUAUGAUGUGGCAUCCCUUAAGACCUCUUCUGGAGAAGAGAUUUCCUGAACAAUGGCUGUGAGAUUGGACAUACAAUAAGCAGUUACAUAUGAAUGAGUUGGUAUACACAGUGGUGUAAAGUACUUAUGUAAAAAUACUUAAGUACUACUUAAGGCUGUUUUUUUUUUUGGUGGGUAUCUGUACUUUACUAUUUAUAUUUUUGUCAACUUUUACUCUACUACAUUUCUAAAGAAAAGAAUGUACUUUUUACUCCAUACAUUUUCCCUGACACCCAAACCAGCUCGUUACACUUGGAAAUGCUCAGGCUGGACAGCUAUAUGGUCCAAUCAUGCACCUAUCAUUUUUUUAACCUUCAUUUUAACAGGGAAGAAAUUGAGGCCUAGGUUUCUUUUCCAGAUCUGCCCUGUAUAAUACAAUAUAAAUAAACACAUUAUACACAACAUAUUACAAUACAAAACAGUCAUGUUAAGCACUAAUAAAACAUCACAAAUCAUUCAGAAAAAGUAACAUUCCUCCACAAGUAAGUCCCCAAUCAAUACGUUAAAUUGCCUCAAACAGCACCAGAACAUCAAAAUAAAAUGUAUUUAUAUUUUUGGGGGUCAUACGGUGCAUUUAAGCUAAAACCAGAUUUACCUAGCUCGGUGGAGACCCUAGGAACGUCGAGUUAACGGGUUAGGCAACUCGGGUGUCUAUACUUCAAAAGCAAAGUUAGAUAAGACAGAAGUUUAUGAAGCAGGGCCUUGUAACCAAAAAGGGAGUAAUGUAGAGACCUGCGGGUCUUUAGCGAAGUCCAGGCAACCUUUUGAUACAGGAUGCAGUGUUGUGAUGAGUAUCAAAUCUGUCUCCUGUAACAACGAAGGGCAAUAUGGUAGAUGGAAUCCAUAGCUUUAAGAGUAGUAGCAACUGCACUUGGAUAAAUAAUCACCUUAAUCAAGAACAGAUAAAAAGGUUGACUGAAUAAUCUGCUUCCUACUGCUGAGAAAGGCACCAUGGCUUUCUGUAGAAAAAAGACCGCUUUAAGUCUUAGCUUCUUAACCAGCUCAUCUGUUUUUUUUAUACGUCAAAUCCAUAUCAAUCCAAAUGCCUUAUUUAUAUGUGGGAACACGUUCGAUUGGAGAACCAUCUAAUGAGUGAACAUGUAGUUCAUCUGAAACAUUCUGAGUUUUAAAAAAUGUAUUUAGUUUUGUCCAUAUUAAGCACACGUUUUAAAUCAGCAAGGGAUUCCUACAUAGCUCUAAAAUCUGACUAGUUUUGACACAGCCAGAUCAAUGGGGGCGGCAGGUAGCCUAGUGGUUAGAGAGGCAGGUAGCCUGGUGGUUAGAUUGUUGGGCAAGUAACUGAAAGGUUUCUAGAUCGAAUGCCUGAGCUGACAAGGUAAAAAUCUGUUGUUCUGCCCUCGAACAAGGCAGUUAACCCACUGUUCCCCGGUAGGCCGUCAUUGUAAAUAAGAAUUUGUUCUUAACUGACUUGCCUAGUUAAAUCAAAUAAAAUAGUCGGGGCAAUAGUGUACAAAAUAGUAUCAUCCACAUUUAAAUGAAGUUAACAGAUUGACCAAUGGUGUUAAUAUAAAGAGUGAAUAGAAAUGGUCCCAAAAUCGGGAUUUGACCGUUUUUCUGAAUUUACCCGGGUUCCCAUUACAAUCUGAAAGAGCAGAUACAUAAUCCGAUUUAGCCUUGCUGAUUUGUCUUGCACAAGGAUUCCUCAGUUACUUAAAGCUUGCCAGUCUGGGCCUAAGCCUGGGUUCCUGGCCUUGACCCAAGCAUCACCUCUUUUAUAAAUGACUUCUGAUCCUUCUGGAGUGUACCAGGCAUUCCAUCUACUUUUAACCCUUCAUUUUUUUGAAGGGAGCAUGAUUAUCCACAAUAGUAUUGAAGACAUCUGCAAAAAGGCUGAAAGCUAAAUCAUGUUGAUGGAUAGCUGAAAUACAAUCAAGGUCACUAAAAUAAAGAUGAAAAGCCUGUUCACUUAA